AUGACAGCCAACGCCGCUUCCAACGCAGUGGACAUGGCCAUGCACAAUGAGCCCAAGGUCGCAACUCCGCUCUACGAAGUGGAGGAGAAACAUGCGCUUUCCCGCUCCGACACUACGAACAGCCAUCAUGUUAUCGCUGAGUUCGAGGCCGAUCUAGAGGGCGAGGAGCCUACCAUGGAGGAGUUGAAGACACUGCGCCGUGUGUCGGGCAAGAUCCCCUGGACGGCUUUCACUAUCGCUUUCGUAGAGCUUUGCGAGCGUUUCGGAUACUAUGGUUGCCAAGUGCUAUACACAAACUUCAUCCAACAGGAGCUCCCCGUCAUCGACGGCGUUGUCUCAAGAACUGGUGCUGAUCCACGUUCCGAGGGCCAACCUGGAGCUCUAGGAAUGGGCCAGCGAGCCUCAUUUGGCAUUGGUCAAUUCAACUCCUUCUGGUCCUACACUACGCCCAUCAUUGGUGCAAUCAUUGCUGAUGAGUACCUCGGACGCUUCAACACCAUUUUCAUCGCCAUUGCUUUCUCCAUCGUUGGUCACAUCCUGCUCAUUGUCUCGGCUAUUCCAAAUGUUCUUACCGGCGGAAAUGCCAUUGUCCCCUUCAUCCUCGGGGUCAUCACCCUUGGAUUCGGAACCGGUGCUUUCAAGGCAAACAUUUCUCCUUUGAUCGCCGAGCAGUACCGCCAGACCAAGCCUCGUGUCAUCAAGGACCCAAAGACGGGCGAGCGCGUCAUCUCUGACCCCAACAUUACGCUCUCGCGUAUCUUUCUGUACUUUUACAUGUUUAUCAACAUCGGAUCACUCGCUGGACAACUAUCCAUGGUAUUUGUGGAAAAAUACAUAGGCUUCUGGUGCGCAUGGCUGCUCCCCACCAUCAUGUUCUGCUUCUGCCCAAUCGUCCUCUGGUUCUGCCGCAAAAAGUACCACAUGAGCCCUCCCACAGGCUCUGUCCUAGUCCGUGCCAUGAAACUCCUCGGCCUCGCCAUGAAGGGCAAAUGGUCCGUCAACCCCGUCCAGACACGCAAGAACUUGAAGAACGAGCGCUUCUGGGAGGAUGUCAAGCCCAGCCAUCUCGGCGCCAACAAGCCUGGAUGGAUGCAGUUUGACGAUGCCUGGGUUGACCAGGUCGCUCGUGGUCUCCGUGCCUGCUCGUGCUUCACUUGGAUUCCUCUCUACUGGCUGUCUUACAACCAGAUGAACAACAACCUGACCUCGCAAGCGGCCACCAUGACGCGCAACGGUGUGCCCAAUGAUGUGAUUACCAACCUCAACCCCAUCUCCCUCGUCAUCUUCAUCCCCAUUGUCGACAACUUCCUCUAUCCUGCUCUCCGCAAGGCAAACAUCCGCUUCACGCCCAUCAAGCGCAUUGCCCUCGGUUUCAUCCUCGCCUCCAUGGCCAUGGUCGCUGCAUCCGUUAUCCAGCACUUCAUCUACAGCACCGGAGCAUGCGGCAAGUACAUGAACGGCUCCGACUGCGCCCCCGCCCCCAUCAACGUCUGGGUCCAAGCCGUACCCUACAUCCUCGUCGGUUUCUCCGAAAUCUUCACCUCCAUCACCGGACUCGAAUUCGCCUUUACAAAGGCGCCCAAGAACAUGCGCUCCCUUGUGACCUCGUACUGGCACUUCAUGUCCGCCUUUUCCAACGCGCUCGGCCAGGCGUUUGUCUCGCUGUCAGAGGAUCCCCUGCUCGUUUGGAACUACGCCGUCGUUGCUAUUCUCGCUUUUGUGGGCGGCAUCUUGUUUUGGCUGCACCAGCGCAAGACGGAUGCCAAGGAGGAUCUCUUGAAUAUGUUGCCAGACUCGAAUUACAUUGGAAAGGACCGGAGGCACAGCGUUGUAGGUGAGACGGAGGCUCAGACUGAACACCUUUCCAAGGCACCGGUAGCUCCUCAUGCUUAG